AUGGAAGAACCUUUACAAAAUGGCGCCAGCCUGAAACAAGACCUUAAGGAGGCUGUAGCUUCACUGAGGAAUAAUUCAGCAGAUUUUGUGGGUAUUUAUUACAUUUCAAUUGACCAUUUUGGACAUCUAUAUGGUCCAAAUGGGAGGGAGUUAAACACCGCCUUAAACGAACUUGACGACGCAAUAACUGAACUUUUGAAAAUUACAAGUGACAUGAGGGAGACCUUGAAUAUUAUCAUACUGGCAGAUCAUGGUAUGACUUUGGUUGGUGAGGUUGUUAACUUGACCCAGAGGAUGGACUUGAGUGACCUGGUCAGUUUUCCCAUCAAGGGCUCAUUGAACAGUGGUGCAAAUGUAGAACUGUGGCCCGCAAUCGAACCAGCCGAGUUAGUGAAAAAACUAAACAACGACUCAUUAGAGGAGAGAUAUUUUACAGCUUAUCUGAAGAAAGAUAUUCCAGAGCGCUUCUUUUAUAAAAAUCACAGACUUGUUGCUCCAGUAUUUGUCCUAGCAGAGAGUGGCUACUACAUGACGACGGUAUGA